AUGCUUGGUCCACUUGAUUCUCCUUAUGAAAAUGGAAUUUUGCAAUUUAAACUCGAGUAUCCUGAGAAUUACCCAUUUCAACCUCCAAAAAUUCAAUUCAGCACGAAAAUAUUUCAUCCAAACAUAUUUCCUAAUGGCUAUAUCUGCUUGGAUAUCCUGCAGAAACGAUGGUCAGCAGCAUGUUUUCUCUCAGCAGCUUUAAUAUCGAUUCAAAGUUUGUUAAACGAUCCAAAUCCUAAUGAUCCAAGUAAUCCAGAAGCUGCACAUUAUUAUCGAUUCGAUCGUGAAAAAUACAACCAAAUUGCACGUGAAUGGACAAACAAAUAUGCAAAUCCACAUGAUAUGUGUCAGAAAAUAACUGCAGCUAAAGAAGCCAUAAGAAAAGAAUUAGAUGAGAUACAACGUCACAAUUCAUCCGGAUUUGAUGUUCAUCCUGUUGAUGUGAGGGAUCCAUUUUUUUGUAAGGGUACUAUUGUUGGUCCACAAGAUAGUCCCUAUCAUGGUAGAAGUUUCGUUUUCAAUGUUCGAUUUCCUUUAGAUUAUCCGGAUAAACCACCUGUAAUUUUUCUUCUAACAUAUAUAUUUCAUGCAAAUAUAUCUCAGUUUACUUGUUUAAAUGAGACACUUGUACAAAAGACAUGGACUCGAGAUUCGACUCUAUCAAAUAUAUUACGAAACUUCCUCACUUUACUCUCCAAUCCUUAUUCCGACGAUUCUUGCACUCAUUAUGCUGCAUGUUUUUACAAACAUGGUCGUGAAGAAUACAACAGACUUACAUUAGAAUGUAAGAAACCUGAAGAUGAGCAAGAAUUACUAUCACCAACAGUUAAAAAACUUAUAUCCAGAGAAUUGGCGGAAUUAGAAAAAGAUUCUCAUUUUCAAGUUGGUCUUAUUACAAGCGAUGAUAUCUUCAAAUGGAAAGUAACAAUGUGCGGACCUCGUGAUACUCCUUAUGAAGACCGCGUUUUUAAUCUAAAAAUUUCCUUUCGUUAUAACUAUCCCUCUGAGCCUCCGAACAUUGAUUUUACAACCAAAAUAUUUCAUCCUAACAUAUCCUUUAACACUGGUGCAUUGUCUGAAAAUUUUAUUAAGCAGCGAUGGAAAUCGGAUUUGACUAUACCGCAACUUUUAUUAUCAAUACUAGCAUUACUUUCUGAUCCAGAUCUUAAUAACACAAACAACGAUGAAGCUGCACGUCUUUACCAACAAAACCGGGAAGAGUACAAUAGAAUUGCACGUAAUGGGUCACAAUAA